UCUCCAAGUCUCUCUCACAAACCUUGAAGUAUUCUUCACUGAGGUAGCUCAGUGUGUGUGUGUGUGUGUGUGGUGGUGGACCUACCCAAGCAAUUUGCAGAUGUCCAUCAUAUCAGACAAACUGGACAGUGAUACCCGCGCCACGACUGCUCGAUCGUCUACAGUUCCUUCUCGGACAUGUUAUUACGCACUUUGCCUGGGGUCAGCGUGUAUGCAUUUAAUUGCAAUUCGUUUUUAACAGAAUGACAAUUUUUUUUCAACAUCGCAUUUACGCACGGGACUUCCUCACGCGUUUUCAACCAUGUGUCUGAAGAUGAGGCAGUGUCAGAACACAGACUUCCAAUAAUGUCUACAUCCCUAAAAAACUAAGACAUUAAUCUGAAGAGCAGCGUCAAUUUAUACUGUAAUGAAAUCUUCAUUGAAAUGCAGAUUUGAGAUACGUGGUGUGCGUUAAUGGUCAGGACCUCCAACUUUUGUCGCGCAUUCACUGCUGCUAGCCAAGGGAUGACUCUAAACAAGCGACACUCACCUAAAUUAGACAAACCACUGAAACCGAAGAACUUUGGACUUGAACAGAUUUAGAUCCCGACUGGCGGUCUCAACUUUAAAGUAUUAUAAUGAACCAGGGCGUACGUAUGCUGAGGGAAUGUUGUUUCAAGCUCUCUCAUGCCACUACUACCCAUUUUGAAAACUGGACAACAAUGUACCAGAUUUCCUUUUCGGAAACGCCCGACAGAGACUUUGCGGUCAAACCUGGAAGAUUGGAUUAAGUUUUUUAUUUAAACAAACCACGAUCGUGCGUCCCACACUUGUUUUCGUGACACGAGGGCUGUGAGAAGAACAAGGAGUAAUGCUGGUCCGAAGGAUAUUGCCGCUUACUUUGGGGUUUUCGCCUUUUAUGUUGGGACACUGCUUUAUAACAUCAUUUUUACUUUUAUUUCAGUUCACUCAGGGAGAGCUCCAAAAGUCAUGCGCGCGGGCCGUCACGGAGAGGGUGGGCGAGAGCUGCCAGCUGGCGUGCCAGUGUAGACCGUACCCUCCCCUGCCGCCGCCGCCCCCGCCUCCACUUCCUCCCAGACUGCUGGUCGUCACUGUGGCCCCCUCCACGGUGCUGCCCGUGAAGCCUUGGUGGAAGGAGAUUGUGGUGUUGGGAACGGUGGGCUGUGCCUCUUUUGCCUUCCUCCUGCUGACGGUCAUUAUCUGCUACAAGGCCAUUAAAAGAAAACCCCUGAGGAAGGAGGAAAAUGGUACGAGCCGAGGGGAGUACGCCAUGAGCUCACGCACCUUGAAGACGGUGGACACCAACAACACAGGGGUGUAGUGAAUGUCCAGGAAUGAUCGCAUCAACUCAACCCACUAGAAAUGAUAAGCGACCUAUGUUGAGGUUGAGAAUAUCGGGCGAACGGUCGAAGAGAGAUUAUGAACUUGCACGACACCAGCAAGUCAUGGGUCAGCCAUGUUGGGAAUUUUGAUAGAAUGGGCUGGGGGAAAGCAUGGGAUUGAUAUACAUUAUGUGUUUAGCCGAGGUUUGCAGCACCCAACGACACACAAAUAGGGCUUGGAACCCAUCACCAGAAGGCUCAUCUAGUGGGACUUUGGUGGGUACUGUGACAGCUUCCAGAAGACAGAUAAUAUGUCUGGCUAUACCUAACCCUGAAGACCCCUCAGUGGACAGCAGCAAGACAUAAGAUGCCGGUGAUUAAAAACACGCAUGCACUUUCUGUUGAAUGCAAAGACUUUUUCCAUUUUGUCUUUAUUAGCACUUCUCAAUUUCCAAUCCUACCCAUGACCCUCUGAACAAUGAGAAGCGACAGUGAACAAGGUGGACAGGACAGUAAAAGGAAUAAAUCCACUCCCUUUGAUCGAGUAUGUCUUUGAUGGAAAUGGCGACGGAAGGAUAACCAUAGUCUUUAAACCAAAUAAGAUUAAUGAAGUUCCAAAAUCAUUUGAAAUCGUUCUCCUGAUGGGUUUUGACAUUCGUUUGCUCUCUGACUAUGCAAUUUGAAAGGAAAAGAGAUAUCCCAAGAUGUGUCCCAUAUGAAUAUUGGUAAUGAGCAUGCCCUUCUGUACAUCUACGAAGGUUGUUGUUUUGUGCUUUCCAAUGCAGGUCAAUGUUUCAGUUGCCAGUGUUUGUACUGUAUGACGCUUUAUGACAUGACUUCCUGAGAGUUCAUAAGAGCUCCUUAAAUCUAGUCUAUCUACCAUCCAGCCCACAAAACUCAGUUAACAGCAUUUACUUGACCGUGAACCUCCCCCCAGGGGUUACAUUAAAUAAGCAACUGAAAUGCACGACUGAUGUCUAAUGUACUGUACAUUGAAACCCAUCAAGUAAAACACAUGAAUUCAUCAUUAUGUGCCCAUUACUUGCCAGGAUCCCUCUAGUAAAUGAUUACCACAUUCGUCUAAAUUCAAUUUCUUCAGACGUUUUCUUCCUUUGUCAAAUGCACGGAGGGCGUCAGGAUGUUGGCCUCGUCAUUGGCCGACAGUAUCUACUCCUGAGUGAGCAGGCAACCAAUGUGUUCUUAGAAUUGGACACAUUGAAUUUAUUUUCUCAUGUAUAAGAACUUAAAAGAUAUCCCAAGAAAUAGCCACAUUGCCUAAGUUCAAAUAUUGUAAUGUAAUGCGGGCUACUGUGUCAUUUUGCAUAACCUAUAAAGGCUUAAUAAAGGCUUCGUAUAGUAAACCCACUAUAAGUAGAAAAAUAGAUGUUUUCCAAAUAAUUAAUAUUUAUUAAGAUUAGGGUUAGGUUGCAUCAGACUAUAGGAAAUGCGAUUCAACAAGAGGUUUGUGUUUGGCAGUUUUCCUCCCAUUUAUGCUAUUUUUAUUAGCCUAUGAAAGAUUCAUUCGGUAUCAUAGGAGGGGGUUUACCUCAUGGGGUCAGAGGUCCUCCCCCUCCUCUACGUCGUUCUGGACAAGAGCGUCUGCCAAAUGUACACAUUGUCAUUAAGGGUGUGAGCUGAUGAAUUGAUCAAAUUGGGACCAAUUCCAAUAACAUCUCUGGCAAUCCAGCACCCUUCACUUGUGUUAGCUCACGAAACCCAACAUUGGGCAUCACAAUUAGCUAUAUUAAUUUCAAUACUUCUAUAUAGGUUCUGAUGGUUGGAAAUAUUGGUAUCAAACGCAUCUAAUUCAGUGAAUCUACUAUUGUGACGGCCAACUAAUACAGUCGGUCAGGUUUUAUGUAGAUACUGUUGUGGGACUUUGGGUCUAAAUCCUAUUAAAACCUUUUAGUUUUACAAUUUUUUUUAUAGAACUUGAGGGAGUAGUCUAUAAGACAUCCUUAUGAUAUGGAACUCCCCAUUUCAACAAUGAAUUGGGUCGUUUAUCAGUGCAGCCCUGUACAAUGAUUGAUAAAUCAAUCUCAAUAUCAUUAUUUGGGGUAUAGUGCUAUGGCACUUGAUUUGAUAAACACUCCAAGUCAAUUACUUAAGUCAGAUACAAAUGUGGUACUUCAGUAGUCUAAGCUUAAUAUCCUCAGUGGUUGGAUACAAAAAAAAAAUACUGAUUCAUGAUGACUUCACAACGUAGCAAGGGACCUCCUUUCAUUGUAGUGAUAAAUGGAUUUUUGGGGAGAUACAGUAUCUGUUGGGGACAUCGUUGUGGACAUGCUUAAAUGCAAAAUAUUUAUGAGAAGCUGAAAGAAUGAAAUACAAUGGAAGUGUGUAUGUAUUUGACCCCGUUAUUUCCUGUUGCUAAAUUGUUGGAGGCAUACUGUACCUCCCGCUUCGGUCCACUUCAAGGCUUAGACUACAGUUAACUUCCCUCCAUGAACAUAGUUGUGUAUAAUAUUGUACAAAAAUGAGUCUGAAAAAUAUUGCAUGAAUGUAAAUAGUAUCAAUAUUAAAGAUUUGCCUUCUUGACUGUCUACUAUGUGUACAGAAUAAAGAACAUGUUUAUAGAAUUAAAUAUAUAAAGAGAAAAAGUUGAUAUGCUAACAAUCAGAGUUGUACAUGAUGUUGUGUGUCUGGAACAAGCCAUUAAUGUAUAUUGGAGUAAUUAAAGGUUCUUGCACAAUGUAUGCAUCACAUACCAAAACAUUAAACAUAUAUAUUGUGCAUUUAACAAAUUUAAAUUGCAACAUGCUGACUUUUUUAGUUUUAAAUAAAAUUGUACUAUUGAA